UUGGCCUGGCAGUCACGUGGCUGGGACCCAAUGCGUGGAUAAUUAUGGUGCUGAUAUUUUUCCCUAAAAAAAAGAUGUCAGCCCCUGGCUGUAGUAUUCCUCUUUAAAAUCCCUCUCUGAAAAUGUCAUGUCCCAACAAUGUGACUUCUAACUCGUUUUUGAUGGACUCGUUAGCCGGUACCUGCAGAGGGGAGAAUUAUUCCUCUAACCAAGGAAUGUAUAUGCAGUCUGGGAACGACUUCAACUGUGGAAUGAUGAGGAACUGUGGAAUUAUCCCGUCUCUUUCCAAAAGAGACGAGGUGAAUAACGCCAGCCUGUCUCUCAACACCUAUCCAUCUUAUCUUUCUCAGCUAGACACCUGGUGUGACCCCAAAAAUACUUAUCGAAUCGAACAACCUGUUGCGAGACAACUCCCCUCCUGCUCUUUCCCGACCAAUGUCAAGGAAGAAAAUGCUUGCUGUAUGUACAAUGCUGACAAAAGAGCUAAAAACGCCACUGAGGCGACCUGCUACCCCAGUCAGAUGCCCGAAUCGUGCCUAAAUAACCAUGAAGUCCCCGUACCUAGCUACUACCGAGCCAGCCAAGGUUAUUCCUCCAUGGAAAAGGCGUCAGACUGCAGCAACGCAAGCGAGUUUGAGGAAAGUUUUGAACCCAGGGCGAGCCUCAGCCAAAGGAGUGAGCAUCUGGAGCAACCACAGCCACCUCCUCCUCCUCCACCACCACCACCUCCUCCUCCACCACCACCAUCUCAGCAGCCACCGCUAUCACAGCCAGGAGCUAAACUCAGCUUCCCUGAAAACAUUAAGCCUGAUAAUCUUCAGAACACCUCCGCCAACGAAAUCAAAACAGAAAAAAGUCUCCCUGCUGCCAAAAUAAGUCCGUCGGAAACGGAGAAAGAACUGAAUAAAUGUACAGAAACCAGCACUGACAAUUCUGACAACGAAGCAAAAGAGGAUAUAAAGACAGAAAACACUACAGGAAAUUGGCUGACAGCAAAGAGCGGAAGAAAGAAAAGAUGUCCUUACACUAAACAUCAGACGCUGGAACUGGAGAAAGAAUUCUUAUUCAAUAUGUACUUGACCCGUGAGCGCCGCCUGGAGAUUAGCAAGAGUAUUAAUCUAACAGACAGACAAGUCAAAAUCUGGUUUCAGAAUCGCAGGAUGAAACUCAAGAAAAUGAACAGAGAGAAUCGAAUUCGCGAACUGACUUCCAAUUUUAAUUUCACUUGAAAGUGCUCAAUAAAGGGAAGGGGCAGGGGAGAAAUCAUUACAAAUCUUGUGCAGUAUUUUUUAUUAUUAUUAUUAUUGUCCUGGGUAUAAAUGCAAUGCUUAUGAGAGGAAGGGAGAGAGAGAGAGAGAAAUAAUAAUCAAGACCUCAGGCUGGUGUGCAGUUCUAUGAUUUGAGUAUUUACAGUUUGUAGAGCGAAGGUGCAUCCAUCGGUAUAAGCAUGAGAAUAUAUAUAUAUAUUGCAUCAAUGUUUCUAUGUAAAAUAAAGAGUAAGGUGGUUGCUUAAGAAACAGCUUCUAAGAUGUUUUAAGUUAUUCACGAGCAGCACAAAGAAAAGAAAAUGAGAGACUGAAGGACGUAUUUCCAUGCCUUUUUGUGUUUAGGGUACUAGGUGCAUCUCAAAGUUCGCUUCUCAUAUUCUAGUGUAGUCUGCCUAUUGUAUAAUAAAAAUAAUGACUGAAAUGAGUUCCAUAUGUGUCUGUAAUGGAAGUGGCAGUGGGAACAUGCUCACAUCAUGUAGUUAUGCAGUCUCCUUCCAAGGAGGAGGUACUAUCGACCAUUAUAUUUAAGAAAAGAAAAGAAAAAAGCAGUAUUGAUAUGUUAUAAUGGGGGGGGGGUCUAGGGUUUUCUUUUGUGACUGUUAUUUAAACAUAUUCUGUAUGUGGUAUCCUUUGCAUGUAUCUUCCUUUAUGGAGCCAAAUAAAUUUCUUAGA